AGUACUCAUUUGCUGUAAUACAUCUGUGGAGUCAUAUUCGUCAUUCUAAUAUAAAUUUACUAAUUAAAUUCAGUAGUUCCUGAGGUUGUCCGUAAAGGAAAAAUGAAGUGGCUGUUGUUCUUACUUUCGGUAUUAUCGGCGAUAUUGACCUCAACACAUUCCUUUGAAAUGGUUUUGGAACAAGUGAAAGACGGUGCAACGUUACCAACUUCGAGUGCUAUGGAUACCACGAAGACUUCAGAGACCUCUGCAGAUGACUCAGUUCCAGUUUUGUCCCAACCUGAAGUAAUGAUUUCAACGUUUCCAAUGACUGAGACAGUUCUGCCGUCAGAGAUGAUGGUCGCUGACCCACUGACGACAGAAGCUUUAUCGGGACAAAUUGUGCCAGGAGCUAAGGACGAAAUUAUGGCAGAGAGGACAAUGCCAGAACCAGAGGUGACGGAAGACGAUGAGAUCAUCGGCAGAGGUUGGUCAGACACGACUGCCAUGGAUGUGCUGAAGAAGAUAUAUGAGGAAUGUGUACGUCACGGGUCCUUUGCUUGCGUGAAGCCCAAAGUUUUGUCUUUCCUGAGCACUGCAGUCAACAAAGACACGGUUAUGCUGACAGACGAUCUGAUCAUCGAGAAGACCGGAAGAGUAAUGGAGGACGUUUACGAAUUUGAGCAACCGCACCAGUGGGAUGGAUCAAACUCAAUGCGUGCUGAUGUGCUGCUGGAGAAGAUCGACUCUUUCUUGGGCACUCACGAGCUAAAGUUGCGAGUUCCCAAAGAGAUUGUUUCCGGAGAGUUACUGUCCUACGUACCCAAAUUUCUGCUGCAAAACAUUCCAGCCGAAAUCCGAGUUCCUUUGUCAGACAGCAAGCCUAUGGGACAAGAGCGCGGAAUCAUCAAGAGGGUGGUGAUUCCGUUCCUUCUGGGUCUCAAAUUCAAGGCAACAGCUCUGGUGCCACUGGCCCUCGCACUUAUAGCUCUCAAGACGUGGAAGGCCCUUACUCUGGCCUUGCUGUCUAUUGUGCUGUCGGGAGCCAUGGUGAUCUUUAAAUUCACCAAGCCCAAAGUAGUGAAUUACGAGGUGUAUCACUACCCCGCCGCUGCCCCUGUGGUUGAGCAUCCCGCACCAACGUACGAGCACCAAGGCUGGGGCCGCUCGAUGGACGCCCAACCUUUGGCCUACAGGGCCUAUGUUCGAGUGUGAGGCAACCAAUGUUGUUAGCUUCUCUGUGUUAUUUAAUAAACUUUAUUUAUUCCAUCUUUAUUUUUCCAAUAUCCUAUGUAAAUAUAGUAAAAUUAGAAAAUAUAAAAUAUGCAGUGCUAUUUGCGUGUAAAA